AUGGUGGCCAGAGAUGUUAGACCACCGUCUGAUCGAGAAUGCCCAGACUAUGCGCGGAAGCGUGUGUGCAAGGCUUGCGAUCGCUGUCGUCUGAAGAAGUCAAAACAACAGACAUGGCUAGUUCAAGGUCUUCAGCAGCUCUACCACUGCACUAUCAAUGCUGAAGUUGAGCUUUUGGGCGAGUUGAAGCCAGAUUUCCAUGGCCGCCAGCCCAUAAAUGAUUUGCUUGCUCUCCUGGGUAUCGUCGAUCAGUCCAAAGGGGAGCAUUUUGAAGAGAGCACAGGUACUCUUCAAGGCAGCUUGUGGGCCCAAGAAUCUAAGCCCCAGUGCUUCGAGGCAAGCCGCAAGGACGCCCACUCGCUGGUCUCCAGUCCACUUUCCUCCCAAAGUUUCUCCUCCAUGUGCCCCAGCGAUGCGAGCAGCUCCAUUCAACGAAUUUUCAAUAUGGAAUCCAACAUGGCCCCAACAGCUACGUCUGAUAAAAUGCUGCAUCAUCAAUCUCAGAAUACCUUGUCCAUGCAGGAUACUUUCAAUCCGUUUGAUGUGCUAGGUGCUACCCAAGAAAGGUGUGCAACGGAUGACCUUUGGCAACCCGACGAGAUUGAUUUAUGUCUGGCAAACUGGAGUGCCUCAUCAAUUCUCGCUUGGCCCACGUCGACAACAUAUUCUCAGUCAUGUGACGAUGAUCAAGCCUUCAACCAAUUUAUCUAUCCAGAUGCGAUAGAUGGCUUUUUGAAUGAGGACUAUAUCAGUUGA